CGUACAGUUCACGGGUUGAAGUUUGAAUUACAACAGCAGCGCUGGAGAGUUUAUCAACACAAACAGCUGAAAUACUGAAAUAGUUUUCGCAGAACGAAGGUCAUUUCUUCGGUGUGCUAAAAAGGUGGUGAAGGAAGAAUGAAAUGUCUAAAAACAGAUGAGUACGUCCAACGGAUAUCAUCUAUGAAGGACACUGUUCUACUUCAUGAUGAUUUGAAGAAACAUGUAAAUGAUGAUCUUGGCCCAUGGAGUCGGACAAUAUGUGAUAGGAUCAUUCGAGCAUGCAAUCAGAGGCUUGGCAGUGGAGCUAUACAGCCAGAGCAUCAAAAAUGUCUAGUGGAUCUAGUGGAGCUGGCUGUGAAGGGGUAUGGGUUGGUCCCUGACCCUGCAGUACCAGGAUGCCCGCUUUAUCUUGAGAAAAUAAUUUUCCAUAUCUUGCAGAAGAUGGUUACUCAAAGAGCUCAUGGUCCUGCUAGUCGGCUUGGAGACAUCAUGUAUCACAGACUGCAGUGUUCUUCCACAGAGGCUGAAGACUUCAGUGUCCUGGUUCGGAACUGCUUCGCAGUGCUUUGGAACAGUCUCCUGACCUCAGGCUCUCAGGCAUCCAGCCUCCCUCCCAGGGACAGACUCCGAUGGCAGCUGCAAGCUCUGCUCUUCCGGCUGCUGGAGGGAUCGUCCAGCACGUCUAAAGUGCCUCUCUUUGUGGAGGAGGCAGUGGGCGAGUUUGAGCGAGCGAGUGGGAGCUUGUCUCAGGACGACGCAGCGUUUUUACUCUCUGAGUUACAGAUGCGUUUUCUCAGCCCGUUGCUCAGUGAGAAUGCGGGUGGUGACUGCGUGCUGAUGCUUUCUUCACUGGCUGUCAGAUGUGAGGUGGUGUUUAAGGUGUGCAAGUUGCUGUGCAAGAGCAAGUUCUGGACUGAGGCUGCACAGCUGGUGGACAGAGCUCUGGAGGGGAUCAGGCGCCAUUGUGACAUUUUGUGCUUACCUCUCGGCCUUGCUGCUCGGGCAGUGCAGUUGCGUUGUGCCCUCAGCUCUGGAAGUGAAUGCAGCAAGCCUUUCACAGACUGUGCUCGCAUCCUUAGAGGGCUGCCUGAUGCUAUGGGAGAUGCUGAUGGCCAUGCUCUCCUGGAGGCUUGUCAGCUGGUUGUCUGGGCAGCAGAGGCAGGACAAACAAAAGGAAUGGACAGGACUACACUGCUGGCCUGUUUUUCCUUUUUGGAGGAAUAUCAGGAGCUUCUGCUCAAACAGCAAAAGAGCUCAUUCUCACAACAACUUCAGUAUUCACUGUGCUUCAGUCUGUACCAAGGCUUUAUCAGCACGUAUGACAGUAUGCGUUCCUCACAGGAGUCAGUUAUUGAAUCUCUGGACAGAGUUCUGUUAUACUGCCAGGCAACAGCAGGACGCAUGAUGACCGAACUACGCAAACUGUCUAAUGACAACUUCUUACUGAAAGCAGUGUGUGCGGUGAAUAAUGUGGUGUAUGAGUUAUUCAACAGAAAGUUGUAUGAAGAAGCAUUUGGCCUGGCUGAGAUUAUCUGUCAGGAGUUAAGUAAGGACUGUCCUGUCUCUCUGCCUGUGGACAGAGUGAAUCGCUGUUUCGUGCUGGCCGUGCAGUGUAGUCGGCGUGCAGCUCAGUGGGAGAGAGCUCUGGACUGGGUAGUCCGCUGGGUUCAGGUUCUAGGUGCUCGGGUUCUGGAUCACCUUGUGGAACCAGUUUCCCUGUGGGUUAAGACAAAGUGUGAUGCUGCCCGUGCAGGAGAGGAAGACACACGCCUUAGGACUUUGAGGGAUGGUUUGGAAGCAUCUUCAGUAGAUGAGGAGGUGUUGGUGCGCCUGCUGGAAGAAGAGCUGCGUAUGUAUAAGGAGCAGAUUGGAGACACCGCCCAGGAGCGCUAUAACGCCCUGUGCGACCUGCUCGAUAUCUGCCAUGAAGACACUACACACACUCUUAGGCGUGCUUCUUACCUGUGUGAGAUGGCACAGGUGGUGUGUUACCAGGACUUCAGUCAACAGACAGACUGUUCUGCAGUUGAUUUUACCCAUGAGGCUCUGCGGUUGUUGGAAGAGGAGCAAGAGACAGCAGAGAAUGCUGAUAGGCUAAAGGAUGAAAAAGCACACGCAUCUUUGUGGCUUUACAUUUGCACACUUGAGGCCAACCUUCAGGAGGCACUGGAUACAGAGAAGCGUUUGCGUGAGGUGCAGGAGGGCAGUAAGGCUACUGGGAAUUUGGAUCCGGUUCCCACUAAUGAUCUGGAAUAUGAAGACAAACAGAAGCUACAGGAGAGCCAGCUGGUGUAUGAUGGACUCUGCUUCAAUUUGGCAGCACAAAAUAAACGUAGCGAGCCUUUGGAUAGGUGUUUAUUACUCUGGAGGACUCUGCUGAAGGAUGAGCAUGUACCUGUGGUGAGGGACCCCAAACACACUGCCUACUCCAUCUCUCUUAUGGCUGCCCUCUACUCACUCAUGGGCAAGACCCUGCAGGCUCUGGAGGGUUAUCAGCUGUCUGCACAUCUGUUCCGACUCCUUGGUGAUGGCCAAAAUAGUGCUGGUGCCUUUUGCCACUCUGCCAAACUGCUGCUGGACCUGGGCUCUCCUCAGCUCGCUGAGGUGCAGCUGAAGCAAGCAGAGCAGUGUUUGGCCACUGAGCCAGGCUCUGAGGCUAUUACGGUCAUCUCUGUCACAGCCACAUUGCUGAGAGCUCAACUCUGCUAUGCUUUACGUGAGGUGGAGCGUGGUGUGCGCAGUCUAUGUGAGGUGUUGAAGGAGACAGCACAGCAUCACUCCAAGAGCUGGUACAUGCUGAAAGCUCGAGCCUUACAGACAGCCAGUGCCUACCUCAGUCUGGACACAGACACACUCUACACACACCUCCGCCAGACCAUCAUCCAGCAUGGUCUGAAGACUCCAGACACAGCCCAGUAUGAAGGAUUGAAGCUGUUGUGCAGUCUGGUAAUGAUGUUGCUGGGAAAUGGCUUUUAUGGAGCACCUGCUCCCAAUGUGGACACACGAUUUGUAGACCAAGGAGAUAGCGUGGUGUUUAAAUGGCUUUUGCUGAGUGAGGUGUUACUCUGCUCUGAGAGGAUGGUGUGUGUCAGGAGCAGCGGUGGAGCGGCCCAUGAAGCCAAAGCUCAGUGUCUGGAGGCCCUUAAACUCGCCACCAAGCUACACACCCUCAGCCACUGUGCCGAACUGCUGGUGUUGAAGGCUGAGCUGGAGUUGAUGAAAGGAGCGAGUGAGGCCAGUGCUUUAGAUCUGGAGCAGGUCAGACACUUGCUGGAUGUUGGUACAGAUUUUGGCCAGCACCACCAACAAAAAUCUGAGCUGAAAAUAAAACCUCGCAAAGGCAGACCAGCUGCACCAACUUCUGCCGUUCAGAUUGCUGAGGAAGAGGAGGAUAUUAGUGAUCUCCUGAGCUCUCGCUCACUGGGCCGGGAGCCAGUAGAGGGGCUGUCUGAGUUAGGCCGGGAUGCAUCACCCCCUCUGAAGCCUAAACGGCAGCAUGUGCUGUCUUGCCUGACUCAUGGAGACAGCUGCUCCUGCCCGUGCUGCACUGAGCCUGGCUUGGCUCGUGUCAGCAUCCAUUGGGCCCUGGUGCAGGCCGAUCUUCAGAAAGAGUCGCAAAGCUCACGUCGAUUACGCCAUUAUGCUAAGAUGCGCUGCAGUAGCAUCAUAGAUAAACUACACACCCGCCUGGCCACCCUAAUGUCCUGUAAACUGUGCCCCAGUCAGUGCCUGCCCCCCUCUGUACUACAGGCAGAGGUUGGCAGGAUUCAUUUGGGCACUGUGCUGACUCAGCUCCGCUGUGGGGCUGGAGAAAAGGGAAAGGCUGCUGCUCUGUGGGAAGAGAUAGAGGUGGGGCUACAGGUUGUGGAGUCUAAAGGGACCCUUUGUGCAGAGCUGGGACCUCUAAGGGCCGCUCUGCUGGGUGCCAAAGCUGUUGCCUGUUGCUUGGCCCUGGCUGGGAAAAAGCAAUGUAGUCCUGAUGAUCUAAUCUCCGAUGUAUGGGGCUGGACUCCACUGCUCACUACAGUGGCUCCCAAAAUCAAAACGCAGCUCAAACAGCAGAACAGACUGAAGAGCUCCAGUUGUGAUAAACCUUUUCCAGUGGCAGGUGCAUCUGCCAAGAGCCUCCCAGCAAGCAAAAAAGAAGCACCUUUAGAGCAAGGGAUUAAUAAAACAAGAGAGGCAUCCACAGCUUUGCCAAAGAAAGCCAAGGACCCGGUGUCAAAAAUCAGCAUCACAAAACCUAACAUGGUUUUCAAAACCCCGCGAGCAACCAGGACCCCCUGCCCUAAAUCUGCCUCCGUGGCAGUGUCUGCUGGUAUAACCAGUGACAUGAGUGCGUUUGACUUCACCAGUGAGGUUCCUGGUAUUACUGUAAGCUCCACCCCACUGACAGCAGCCAAAGCUGCAGGUGCUAGCCGUUCUGGCAUUACUAAGUCAAAAACCACAGCAAAGAGUUCAUUCCAGGUUUUUGAAGAUUCUUCUCCUCAACAAGAGAAACCUGUAACUGUCCCAGCUGCACCAAAACGGACGAAACGCUCACGCUUUAAGGUUGAGUUUAGUGAUGAGAGUGAUGCUGACACAGCUCCCCCUGCUGUAGAGAUCGAGAAAAAGUCAGAGAAAAAACGCUCUGUCAUGUCCACAUCUAAAACCUCUGCUGCACCAAUACCAGCUUCCAAAUUCCCUCUAAAUCCAUCUGCUCAGCAGGAUGGGCCCAGAAGGACGAGAACUGGUAAGAAAAGCACAGCCCUCUGCGCCAGUGGCCCCUCCUCCGAGGAUGAAAUGGGUGUGUCCUCUCAAACACGGCCACGACGGGGGCGGUCCAAAAAAGGUCAAAAUUCAAAUGAUCAAGAGCAACCAGAGAGGAUGAGGAUGAUCAAGGAAGAUGAAGAUGAAGUUCUAGACAUCAGCCUAGAGGACCUCCAAGAAUCUGACUCUGAGACACUAAACACAGAAAGUCCUGCAGAUGCUCCUGAUGCUGACUUGGAGGUACUGAGGAGAGACUUGGGAACAGAUUUAAGCAGAGAUUGUGUGAAUGAGCUCAAAAGUGUUGGUCAGACUGGCAUAGGAACACAUGCAUCACUACCACACACACAUGUAGCACCAGCUGAGCUCUCUGUAGAGGUGGUCCGGUCUCUCCUGCGCUCCUCUUGGCUCCUCCUCCAUCAUUUUCCAAGUCCGUCCCUCUACCCUCACCUGUGCUCACUGCUUGCCCAAUUGUUGGGUCUUUCUGAUCCCGUCACUACAGCCAUGCUGCAUGCUCAAUCACUGGGCGUGUCCACUCGCCAUCACAUGACUCGCCACCUGGCUAAUCGGCUUAGGAAAAUGAAAAAGUCCAGCGGUGAUGUAGCAGAGAGUUUAAGUGUGUUGAGCCUGGAGGAAUCGUCCACUCAGCCACAGACAAAAACACUCUCUGCUCUCGAGAGCAUCUACUCGUUCACCUCAACACAGCCAGCAGAGUUCCCCCAAACACACUGCCAAGAGUUCACACAGCAGCUCAAAGACCUGCCAGCAGGUGUUACUGUGUGUUUGCUCUCUCUUGUGGGGGUGUACCCUGGUGAGAUUGGCAGUACUGUUCUCCUCACGCGACUAGAGCGUGACUCUGUUCCCAUCACCAUGAGAAUCCCAACCCAACACAGACAUCGCUCGAUGCCUGUUCUGCUGGAGGAGAUGGAGGGAGUACUGCAGGGGCAGAAGGAAGUGAGUGGAGUGGCAGAUAAGGUGCAGUGGUGGGAUGGCAGGAAGGCUCUGGAUGCUCGAGUGGAGAAACUGCUUGAGGAGUUGGAGGAGGCUUUAGGGGUAUGGCGGGCAUUACUCCUCCCCUUGACAUCUGACCCUGAGCUCUCAGUUCAACUCAAAUGGUUCCACCCCUCAAUGGGAGGAAAGAUCACUUUGAACAUGCUGAAGGUGAUUCUGUCUGCAGCUCCUCUGCUCUCUCACUCAGAUCUGCACUCUUUGGCUGAGGGUGCAUGUCUGGAGGGAGAUUUUCUGAAGAUGCUAAAGAAGUGUGUGUCUGAACUGAGAGGAAGGGAGGAACCUCAAGGACACACUGUCUUAAUCUUAGACAAGUACCUUCAAAGGUUGCCAUGGGAGAACAUCUCUUGCAUGAAGUCUCGCUCUGUCACACGUAUGCCUUCAUUACACGCUGUACUGGGACACAGUUAUCUCCAAGAGGUGGAUCCAGACUCUGUGUUAUCACGUGGUGUUGAUCCCCAGCAGGUUUAUUUUGUGCUAAACCCAGAUAGAAACCUGCCUGAGACCGAGAAGCGCUUUAGAGAUUGGUUUACUGGUGAGACGGCAUGGCAGGGAGUUUGUGGAGCUUCUCCUGACCCUGAUAAACUGCAGGAGGCUAUAACCACCAAAGACUUAUACAUUUAUGUUGGGCAUGGAGCUGGGGCACGUUUCCUGGAUGCUCAGAGGGUCCUGAAGGGCCCUGUGAGAGCAGUGGCUCUGCUUUUUGGAUGCAGUAGUGCUGCACUCAGUGUGCAGGGCUGCCUUGAGGGAACUGGCAUCAUCCUCAGCUAUCUCAUUGCUGGAUGCCCAUUAGUGUUGGGGAACUUGUGGGAUGUAACAGAUCGUGAUAUUGAUCGAUUUACAUCUGCCCUGUUGCAAUCCUGGCUUUCCAGUGGCUCAGGUUCCUCCCUGCUCCAGCACCUUAUCCAAUCACGUGAUGCCACCCAUCUCAAACAUAUGAUUGGAGCUGCACCCAUUGCAUAUGGCCUACCUGUACACUUGCGCUAGCACAUCAGCUAUAGUGUGAAUAUCUAGUGUUUUUACAAUGACCAGUCAAAAUAUGCAGUUUUAGUGA